AUGGUCACUACAGUUUCUCUUGACCCUUAUGUAUUGUCCCUUUGCUACUGCACCAAAUACAUGUUGGGGGUGACAGCUUUUUGCAUGGAGCAAAGUGUUCCCCAUGGAAUCAUUACUAAAAACAUCUCAGAUGUUAAAAAUGCUGAAUCAUUUGCUGUUUGCCAAUCAUAUGAGGCAACACUAAAAAAAAAGAUACUGGCAUGCUCUGAAUGUGGAAAAAUAUUCAGUGGACAAUCUAAGCUGAUUGAGCAUCAGAGAAGUCAUACAGGAGAGAAACCCUAUGAAUGCUCUGAAUGUGUCAAAUCUUUCAGGUCUAAUCAGCUACUCAAAAGUCAUCUCAGGAUCCAUACAGGAAAUGCUGCGUUUGAGUGCCCUGAAUGCAAGAAAUAUUUUGGAUCACAGACAGCCUUUAAUAUACAUUCAAUGGUUCAUACAGGGGUGAAACCAUUUAAAUGUCCAGAGUGUGACAAAUGUUUUAGGGACAAAAGUAAUCUUGACCGCCAUGUAAGGAUUCACACAGGGGAGGAACCAUUCGAAUGCACAGAGUGUAAAAUGUGCUUUAGGUGGAAAAAAUCUCUUGAAAGACACAUGAAUAAUCAUCAGGGAAUAAAACCGUAUUUGUGCUCAGAAUGUGGGAGAUAUUUUAGCCAGAAGUCAAAGCUUCAGAUACAUCACCUGAUUCAUACAGGGGGAAAAACCAUUUUCUUGCUCUGA